GGGACGGGAGGGCGGGCGGACGGGACCGUGCAGAGGUCCGUGGAGCCGCGCUGAGCUCCCGCUCCGGGACGGGGACGCGGAUGCUGGCGCUGGCGCGCGCGGACUUUCUCCACAGCGACCGGGCCCGCCUCUGCUGACAGCAUUUCAAAAGACACCAGCUUUUCUCCGUGGACCCAUUCAUCAAAAGAAGUAUGCUUGUACUAUUUUUAAAAGCUUUUUACUUCAUCAGAGGGAAGUUCACUCCCCAAGAUGGAAAUGAACACGUAUGAGAGAGUGAUCUAAGGUGUGACCGUUAGGUGUCCCAUCAAGCAUCGAAGGAAUAGAUUAUCUGAAACACACCUUUCAGUCAGGAAGACUUCAUCUUGACAAAAAGCGACUGUAUUCAAUUCUUAUUUUCUGAAAUGAAAACGGAAAGACAGGAACAGAUUUAAAUUAAGUGAAGAUGUUUCUUUUGUCAUCUGGAUCAGUUCUAUUCUUGCGAUGAUAACGGUGAUGUCAGGUGAAUUGCAGGUCUGGGCGUGGUCCUAGAGACAGAAUUCUUAAUGGGACUGAUGGUGACAGCAGCAGGGCCUUUUGUGCAUUCAGCCCGCAGUGACAGGGUUUGUCGUCACCGGCAUGAGUGCCUCAGCCAAGGAAAUAGAGCGGCUUUCGUCUCAAUCAGAAGCGCGCUCACUUUUUUACUGCUGUUAUUCUGAAAACUUCUUCCAAACCGUUUGAAAAGCAUCGGUGACUGUUUUUAUAGAUUAAAGAAAGGCAGAUGUCUGCAAAUAAUUCCCCUCCAUCAGCCCAGAAGUCCGUGUUACCUGCAACUGUCUCUGCUCUGCUUCCGACCCCUUCUCCGUGUUCAAGCCCCAAGACAGGACUGUCAGCUCGACUUUCCAAUGGCUGCUGUGGUGCCCCAUCACUCACAAACUCUAGAGGCUCAGUGCACACCGUUUCGUUUCUACUUCAGAUUGGCCUCACACGAGAAAGCGUUACCAUCGAAGCCCAGGAGCUAUCCCUGUCCGCUGUCAAAGACCUCGUGUGCUCCAUUGUUUAUCAGAAGUUCCCAGAGUGUGGCUUCUUUGGCAUGUAUGAUAAAAUUCUUCUCUUCCGCCACGACAUGGACUCGGAAAACAUUUUGCAGCUGAUCACCUCAGCAGACGACAUACGGGAAGGGGAUCUUGUGGAAGUUGUCCUGUCAGCCUUGGCCACAGUAGAAGACUUCCAGAUUCGCCCUCAUACUCUAUAUGUACAUUCUUACAAAGCACCUACCUUCUGUGAUUAUUGUGGUGAAAUGCUCUGGGGAUUGGUACGGCAAGGAUUAAAAUGUGAAGGCUGUGGAUUAAAUUAUCAUAAACGAUGUGCCUUCAAGAUUCCAAAUAACUGUAGUGGAGUAAGAAAGAGACGUCUGUCAAACGUAUCUCUGCCAGGACCUGGCCUCUCAGUUCCGAGACCCCUGCAGCCUGAGUGUGUGCCCCUUCUCAGUGAGGAGGCACAUAGUCACCAAGAGCCAAGUAAGAGAAUCCCAUCCUGGAGUGGCCGUCCAAUCUGGAUGGAAAAGAUGGUAAUGUGCAGAGUCAAAGUCCCACACACAUUUGCUGUCCACUCUUACGGCCGCCCCACAAUAUGCCAGUACUGCAAGCGGCUCCUGAAAGGCCUCUUCCGCCAAGGCAUGCAGUGUAAAGAUUGCAAAUUCAACUGCCACAAACGCUGCGCUUCAAAAGUGCCAAGAGACUGCCUUGGCGAGGUUACUUUCAAUGGAGAGCCUUCCAGUCUGGGAACUGAUACAGAUAUGCCCAUGGAUAUUGACAGUAACGACAUGAACAGCGAUGGCAGCAGGGGCUUGGAUGACUCAGAGGAGCCGUCCCCACCCGAAGACAAAAUGUUCUUCCUGGACCCAGCUGAUCUUGAUGUGGAGCGAGAUGAGGAAACUGUGAAAACAAUCAGUCCAUCUACAAGCAGUAACAUCCCACUGAUGCGGGUUGUGCAGUCCGUCAAGCACACAAAGAGGAGGAGCAGCACAGUGGUGAAGGAGGGGUGGAUGGUCCAUCACACCAGCAGGGACAACCUGAGAAAGAGGCACUACUGGAGACUUGACAGCAAAUGCCUAACAUUGUUUCAAAAUGAAUCUGGAUCAAAAUAUUAUAAGGAAAUUCCACUUUCAGAAAUUCUCCGCGUGUCUUCUCCACAAGACUUCUCCAGCAUUUCACAAGGCAGUAACCCACACUGUUUUGAAAUCAUCACUGAUACGGUCGUGUACUUUGUUGGUGAGAACAAUGGGAGCAGCUCUCAUAACCCUGUUCUCGCUGCCACUGGAGUUGGACUCGAUGUAGCACAAAGCUGGGAAAAGGCAAUUCGCCAAGCCCUCAUGCCUGUAACGCCUCAAGCGAGUGUUUGCACUUCUCCAGGUCAAGGAAAAGACCACAAAGAUUUGGCUACCAGUAUCUCUGUAUCUAACUCUCAGGUCCAGGAGAAUGUGGACAUCAGCAGCGUCUACCAGAUCUUUGCAGACGAGGUGCUUGGUUCUGGCCAGUUUGGCAUUGUUUAUGGAGGAAAGCACAGGAAGACUGGGAGGGACGUGGCUAUCAAGGUGAUUGAUAAGAUGCGCUUCCCCACAAAGCAGGAGAGUCAGCUCCGCAAUGAAGUGGCUAUUUUACAGAAUCUGCACCACCCUGGGAUUGUAAACCUGGAGUGUAUGUUUGAGACCCCAGAGCGAGUCUUUGUAGUGAUGGAAAAACUCCAUGGAGAUAUGUUGGAAAUGAUUCUGUCCAGUGAGAAAAGUCGACUUCCAGAACGAAUUACUAAAUUCAUGGUCACACAGAUACUUGUUGCCUUGAGGAAUCUACAUUUUAAGAAUAUUGUGCACUGUGAUUUAAAGCCCGAAAACGUGCUGCUUGCGUCAGCAGAGCCAUUUCCUCAGGUGAAGCUGUGUGACUUUGGGUUUGCACGCAUCAUUGGUGAGAAGUCAUUCCGGCGGUCUGUGGUGGGAACUCCAGCCUACUUAGCCCCCGAGGUUCUCAGGAGCAAAGGCUACAACCGUUCCCUAGACAUGUGGUCAGUGGGAGUCAUCGUCUACGUGAGCCUCAGCGGCACAUUUCCCUUCAAUGAAGAUGAGGAUAUAAACGACCAAAUCCAAAAUGCUGCAUUUAUGUACCCACCAAAUCCAUGGCGAGAAAUCUCCAGCGAAGCAAUUGAUUUGAUAAACAACUUGCUUCAAGUGAAGAUGAGAAAACGUUUCAGUGUUGACAAAUCUCUUAGUCACCCUUGGCUACAGGAUUAUCAGACUUGGCUUGACCUCAGAGAAUUUGAAACUCGCAUUGGAGAACGUUACAUUACACAUGAAAGUGAUGAUGCUCGCUGGGAAAUACACGCAUACACACACAACCUCGAAUACCCGAAGCAUUUCAUUAUGGCCCCCAACCCAGACGAUAUGGAAGAAGACCCUUAGUCACCAGCAAGGAGGGGUCUCAUUCCAUGAGUGGAUGCUCUGCUGCAUGACUGUUGCUCUCUGCAAGCUGUCAUUGCAAGGAGGCAGAGGCAGAGGAAACAACAACUGUGGCACUAAUACUGUAGCUCAUAACGAGUAGGUACAUGAAGGGAAACUGAGUAAUAAAAUCAUGUAAUGAAAUCAGAAUGAAACUUGUUAGAAAGUCUGUAGCAGAAGCAAUAACUGGUUCUGUAAUUUUCCUUACUCCUCCACAUUAGCACAAUGUGAAUUAGCACUUAAUUUAUCUCUCCUUUGCUGUUUUAUUACAUCAUUUAUUUUAAAGGCAUAUGACUGUCUAGUUAUUGCUCAUGAGGUUGAUUACUCGACAGGUUUGCAGUUAAGCAGUAACUCUGAGGCUAACAAUAUAUGGUUUGCUGUAAGGACUUUUAAUAUUUGUCUGCUGUUGGAGGGAGGUGUUAAUUCUUCGUGGAUCCCUAUAAAUGCAACACUGUACUGCUAACUUUUGGAGGCUGUCUUUAAAUAUGGUCUGUAUGACUAAAAAUUGUCCCCUUUUCUCUGUUGCAGUAGCCACUAGGAUAAUUGGACAGUUGAUGUUACAAAAUGAAUAGACAUAGCUGGUCUUCACUCAGCUCUGGCACUCAACACAUAUGUUCUCAGUUGACACGUCACAGUGCAAGCUGUGUGCCAACCACCAGCAGGCACAGCUCUGCAUUGAACUACGUAAUUAAUCCUCACAUGGGCUUGGACAAUUUAUAGACAAAAUUACGUACACACUCAAAGGAAAGCCAGUGUAGUGUCAGUAAAUGCCACUCCACAGCAAGCAGUGUCUUCUCCUUUUCCCUUAGCCUUUGGCUGGGAUCUGCAAAUGUCUACAAUUUUUAAAUUAGCAUUUUCUUCUAGGGGGAGUGGGUUGAAGUCAGACAUGAAAAUCCAGUUUAUUAGGAUGGAACCAUGUUACUAGCACAGCAGAUGAAGGAAGAGUAAGAAAUUAUUACACCAGCUCCAGCAGUCAGCUGUUUCUGUAAUAAUUAAUGUAGGUUCAGUAAUCCUAAUCUGAACAGUUGAGCAUCAGAAGGGGCUCAGCUUUCCACACACUGAAAGAUCUACAUACUGUACUAGCUAAGCAUCCCUGGUUUAUAAAUCUGCAAUCCUCUGAAAUCUUAGAUUGGAGUUCUGAGGCAUCUUCCGAGUUUCACAUUAGUGAUGUUCCAGUCUGCUUUACCCAAAGAAAAGGAUCCAGGACCAUCCUCUUGGAGGAAAUACAGUAGCUGUUUGUUUCUUCAUUCCUCAUUAGUCACCAAGAAUAGGUUUUUAUUGUUGUUCUUUUCUGUGCUAGGAGCAAAGACUUGGAGUCAGAGAAACUGGGUGUGAGUCUUAGCUUAUUUUUUAGAUCUGUUGGGCUGGGCAGGAGACAGUUUGUCUAAGCAUUUAGUUUCUCAGUCUGUAGAAUGGAGAGCAUAAAUUGCUGCCUCUGCCUCCCUCGGUGUGGUGUGAAGAUGGGCAUGUGUGAACAUCUGGCAGUCUGCAAUGUCGGUGUUGACAGUUACCGCUGAGUCUGAGAUUAGCAAAAGAGAAACGGCCUUGUGUGUGAGCAGACCAACACUGAGAAUGCCUUCGCAGGUGAGAAAGCAGCCAUGGUAAUCUACCGAAAAUUAAAAACUCAAAUCAUGCUCACUACUGCCACAUGGCUACAUACAAAGUUAGCUGCUAAAAUUCAUAGAAUUGAAUAUGGAUUUGAACCCAGGCCUAUGUCCCAGCCAUUGCUAAUGUACUGUACAUCUGUAUCUCCAGGAGACUUUGCACACCUCUCUGUAAUUCUUCUCAUACAGCAGUUGUGAAGAGCAAUUUUAAGAAACUUCUAUGAGGAUUUCCCCUGUGCUAGGUGAUGACUUCCCUCCAUUUAUGAAAGGUCUGCUUGACAAACACAUACAAGAUGGAACAAUUUUGCGUCACUCUGCAACCCACUGUGGCUUUACUGUGUGAGGUGAAAACUCACUGGAGCGCCUGUUUGCUUGCUGUACUGAUAUAAUCAGGUUUUACAAGCCAUGAAAUUAAUUGCACUCUGAUGUUGUUGAAGGCCUGUGCUAUCUAAAGAGAAAGGGACUGUCAAGGCACUGUCAGAUAGUCUGGCGUUGAGUUACUACUCCACUGUUUAACCUGCAUAACUUUUUGUCUUUGUCCUAAAGCCAAGUUGUGUUUGCAUAAAAAGUAAUUGUUUCCUAGAAACGUGAUAAUUUUCAGAGUAGUGUAUAAUGACACUGUUUCGUACAUUUUAUAUUUUUUGUUACAUCCCACUUUUUGUAAAUAUUCUCAAAACUUGAUAAUAAAAUGUAUUUCUAUAUCA